AUGAAUAGGAUAACACUAUGGAAGCAAACAUGCAGAGGGCAAGAUAUUGAUUACAUUAGUAUACGUUUAGAUGCUGAAUGUGGUGCUACAAGGUCUUAUAGCUACGAGGUUGUUAUGCAAGUUGGUGAUCUUGAGCUUGAAAUGCGAGGAAGGUGCAGUGCAGGUCAAAAGGUUCUUGCUUCACUUAUCAUUAGAUUGGCAUUAGCAGAAACCUUUUGCCUUAACUGUGGAAUACUUCCACUUGAUGAACCAGCCACCAAUUUAGAUGUUCCAAAUGCCGAAAGUCUUGCUGCUCCUCUCAUAAGCUAUCAUGGCAACCUUCAACAAUAG